AUGUGGGAAUCACGGAACGCUGUUCAAUAUUUGGAUGACAAUGUUCAGCUCCAUGAUUCUCACUGUGCUGUCAACAAGGGGGUUCACUCUCAGUUUGAUAUGGGUUCAACUGAUUUACCUCUGGAUACUAGAUGCAUGCUGACAUGCCGUCACAGCGUCCUCUGUAAGUCACUGGUGGACAAGGAAGAGUGGCUGAAGCUACUUCGACUGGAACGCAAGGCCAAUCCUCGCUCCCUGCAAGCUCAACACCAUAGCCUCUGGUCUAUCUUUUCUGCUCCCCCUUCUGAACGCCUCCCAACGUUUGUGGGACACUAA